CCCGUUUGUUACGUGUUUAAUUCGAAUGUGGCAAAUUUACUGGCUUUCACUCCAACUGUGAUUAUAAUGUCGAAUCUACCACGAAGAUUGCGAAAUCUGUAAACGCAUAUAUGUCAACAAGAUGGAGUCUGUCAUGAAGUGCGUUGUGUUUUCGUUUGUUCAUAAGUUGUGUUUGGUCGCUACCUGUUGUCAUCGUCCUUCGGGAGUCUGAUACAAAACGGCGUUUUGCUCUUCAUCUUGCCGAACCUGCAACUGCCACUAUUCGCAAGCACGAAAGAUCCCACACGAGACGCGACUUCGUGAGCAACCCAAAGCAACAUCUGUGACAUGGGUAGACUACCUCCCUUUUCGUCUUUGCCCGACCUUGCAAUCUACAAAAUUUGUACGUCACUCUCCUCACCGUUCGACUUGCUCAACUUCGGCUGCACUUGCCGCCGUCUGCACGAAGUUUCGUCCAGUAACAGCUUGUGGUUGCGGCUAGCUGUCGACUGGUGCGACGGUAUGUGGCACUGGAUCGACCCUCUGCCCACGAGCGACAACCCAAAGGAAUGGCUCCUGCAAGUACUGCACGCAGCCACCUUCGGCUCAACACCAAGCACGAGACGUGUUUGUGAUUUGGGGGGUGGCGAAAAAUGGGAACGCACCGAAAGCUUACGCUUUCGUUGCAAGCUCGGAAUGUUGCGAUGGGCGUACAAGGACACCGACGACGCGGCGCCACUGACAGUGCUACUACGACGCUGGGUAUACGACAUGGCUCUAUAUCGCCGUUCACGCAAGGCUGUGUCAUUCGGCGGCAACAGCUUGAAGUUGAGCGACGCCAGCAUCUCCGAGCUGGCCACCCUGGGAGAAGCCAAGGAACACGACUUACGAACGAGAAGGCACAAGAACCUCAAUCCCCGCUACUAUGUCAAACGGAUAGCGACGGCGAGCGACGGCUGGCUCGAGGACCUCUUUCCCUCGGGGCCCCGCGGGACCCUCUGUCCCAUGCUGGUGUGUCCCUCGGAAGGAGGAUUCCCCGCAGAGUCUUCGGGGAUAUCGGGGGCGGUACUCUGCGUUUCUAAGGUUUUCACCAGACACAUGGUACCCAUUCUAUUGGACAGUCGGAUCACUUUGAACCAGAUGGCUACCUCGAUACGCAAGGCCUGCAGAUCGCUGCAGCUCCACCUCUACGGCCACCUGGUGGAGAUUCGGCACCGGUGGCCCACACAGCCCAUUGCCAACGCCGUGUUCAGCAUGGCGGAGGCGGGCUGGCCGGGUCUCGAUGUCCCCGAUGCCGAGGCGGAAUUGGACGUGUACGACAUCCGUUUGACAUGGCAGUGGGUGAUGCAGGAAUGCGCGCUGCUCAUCCGCGAACGACAGUGGUUAGACGCGAUUUUAGACGAUACGAGGAGGCGUUGGCGGCGCAUGCUUAUUCCAGAGAUAAUGCUCGUCCUGCACCAGCAGGGGGACCAGAAGAACGAAGUCACGCGGCUGAACCUGACGGACUGCGACGCGAUCGGAGGCGACAACCAUGUCCAGGAAAUGGCGGCGGCGGCUUUUGUGUCCUCGCACGGGGUGUUCGUCGCCUGGCAGCUCAUUGGUCGGGGACGGAUCUGAGGUUCGCGGGAUUGGUAAAAUUUUCGUGCCCGAAUUUGCUGCUCACGAGAACGCACACUUGUCUGGAUAGCACAAUACGAAGAUAGUGUUGCUGGAAAACAGAACUUGCAAGCUGAAAAGUAGUACUUUACUUUACUUUUAUACUGGGGUGCAGCCAGUUUUUCUUUCGUUUACUGCCGCAGAGCAUGCUCAAAGAACGAAACGAGAUAUUGUUGUCUCGCUGUUCUUUCUUUUUCACUGUUUCCUGUAUAGUAUAUAUAGUUUUUAUAGCGGAAAGUUUUUAUGUCCGAUUGCGCGCGACAUUGUUACCGCAGUGGCGAUGUAAAGUCUAGAAUUGGUAGUUAUACGAAACAUACCUUUAGGUGACUUCCAUUUACGCGGGGCUCUUCCAGGUCAUGUUUUCUUCCAUGUUGUUGCUGUUCUCAUAUUGUCAAAGUACCUCCAUGGUGUACUUUAUUUUUAUCGUGUAUCCCAUUGCUGUUUCUUACGGUUAAGGCAGCGAUUGUUAAAUGCAUAUUUUUGUAUCGUAGCCGUGAGCGCAGUGCCACAUUUUUUUACCAGUUACAUGGCAGCCAUGUACGUAGCACAAUACCGGCACAUUUCCAUGUCUUUAUUUCUUUUUUCUCUAUGUAUACACUCGAAACCGUCUGCUCACUGGACUUUUGUAAUGUUUGCUGUGAUAUAUAUACACAGUUUUCGGUUCUGGAAAGGUGUCGUAGUUCUUCACCCUUCGAUGCUCAUUAAACUACUUUUAUUUCGA